CCUGCACUCGGCCAGGCAAGAUGGCGGCCAUGGAGGCUGAGGCGACACCACUGACCCUAGGAUCGCUGCCCACGGAUCCCCUGCUCCUCAUUUUAUCCUUCUUGGACUACCGGGACCUCAUCAAUUGUUGUUAUGUCAGUCGAAGACUUAGCCAGCUAUCAAGUCAUGAUCCGCUGUGGAGAAGACAUUGCAAAAAAUACUGGCUAAUAUCUGAGGAAGAGAAAACACAGCAAGAUCAGUGUUGGAAAUCUCUCUUCAUAGAUACUUAUUCUGAUGUAGGAAGAUACAUUAACCAUUAUGCUGCUAUUAAAAAGGCUUGGGAUAAUCUCAAGAAAUAUUUGGAGCCCAGGUGUCCUCGGAUGGUUUUAUCUCUGAAAGAGGGUGCCCGAGAAGAAGACCUAGAUGCCGUAGAAGCUCAGAUCGGUUGUAAGCUUCCUGAUGAUUAUCGAUGUUCAUACCGUAUCCACAAUGGGCAGAAGUUAGUGGUUCCUGGGCUGUUGGGAAGUAUGGCAUUGUCUAAUCACUAUCGUUCUGAAGAUUUGUUGGACGUCGAUACAGCUGCCGGAGGAUUCCAGCAGAGACAGGGACUGAAAUACUGUCUCCCUUUAACGUUUUGCAUACAUACUGGUUUGAGUCAGUACAUAGCAGUGGAAGCUGCAGAGGGUCGGAAUAAAAAUGAAGUUUUCUACCAAUGUCCAGACCAAAUGGCUCGGAAUCCAGCUGCCAUUGACAUGUUUAUCACAGGUGCUACUUUUACUGACUGGUUUACUUCUUAUGUGAACAAUGUUGUUUCUGGUGGCUUUCCUAUCAUCAGAGACCAAAUUUUCAGAUAUAUUCAUGAUCCAGAGUGUGUUGCAACAACUGGGGAUAUUACAGUUUCAGUUUCCACAUCAUUUCUGCCAGAACUUAGCUCUGUACAUCCACCCCACUAUUUCUUCACAUAUCGGAUCAGGAUUGAAAUGUCAAAGGAUGCACUUCCUGAAAAGGCUUGUCAGUUGGACAGCCGCUAUUGGAGAAUAACAAAUGCUAAAGGUGAUGUAGAAGAAGUUCAAGGACCUGGAGUAGUUGGUGAAUUUCCUAUCAUCAGCCCAGGUCGAGUCUAUGAAUACACAAGCUGUACCACAUUCUCUACAACAUCAGGAUAUAUGGAAGGAUAUUAUACGUUCCAUUUUCUUUACUUUAAAGACAAGAUCUUUAAUGUUGCCAUUCCCCGAUUCCAUAUGGCAUGUCCAACAUUCAGGGUUUCUAUAGCCCGAUUGGAAAUGGGUCCUGAUGAAUACGAAGAGAUGGAAGAAGAAGAAGAGGAAGAGGAGGAAGAUGAUGAUUCUGCAGAUAUGGAUGAAUCAGAUGAAGAUGAUGAGGAAGAAAGACGGAGAAGAGUCUUCGAUGUUCCCAUUCGCAGACGCCGCUGCUCACGCCUUUUUUAGCAAGACUUCAGCUAAUGAAAGCGCUGGGAUGAUCGUAGUCUGUUACAUGGAUUUCUCAAUAAUGUAAAUAAUUGUUCUCAACAUAUAGUAGGAAAAGUAGCAUGAAAUACUGUUCCAGGCUCUGGGUUCUAUGUGACGUUACAUUAGAAAUUGGAUUGUUUUGGUUUGCUUUGUGUUUUUGAGGUAGGGGAGGAAAGAGAAUUUUUUUUUUCUCUGCAAGGAGUUAAUGGAGGAAUAAUUCUCUAGCUAAGGAAUAGACAUUUCUUUGUUUUAAAAUAUUUUAUACCUAUAAAAAUAUAGAAAUACAGAGGGAAUUGUUUUGAAUAAGGAUUUAAAGUGUAGCAAAAAUACCUACACAAGGAUAGAAACGAUGCGACUGAUUCUGUGAAAAUACUUUUUGCAGUUCUAAGUUAUUUGGAAAUGAACAAAAUUUGUAAUUAGGCUGAUGUAUUUAGUGAUUACUAAUAUUUUGUACUCACAGGGAACUAAUUGACUAAACAACUUGAAUGCUAGUGGUUUGACCUUUCUUAGACAAUCUGUCCUUGAAUUUAAAGUGUUUUAUCACUAAGACCUUGAAUUUAAAUUUUUUGUCACUAUAGCUUUGAAUUUAAUUUAAAUCUUCAACUCUAUGACCUUUAUUAUAUUAUUCACAGAUGUAUCAUUUUUGAAAUGUAGUAUGUAAAAGUAUGUAGUGUGUUUAACAAAAGUUUCUUCACUGGUCUCAUGUAGUCUAAAUUUGUAAAUACGGCAUCUGUUUUGUUUCUUUAUAUACUCAAAUGUGUGUGAUAAGUGACAUGAAUUUUAUGUUAAGAUUAAGUAUGUUUUCCUGAAACAUGAGGUUUUUUGUAAUUAUAGAAUUGAGAUUUAAGAAUGAAAUCCUUCAAGUGUUAAAAACUCCCAUUUUAAAAGCAAAUUUUGGUUC